ACGAAUGGAUUCAGGGCCUGGAGUUAUCUUCGAGGUCAUGGAUUGCCCCGAUAGAUAUCGCGUAAUCUGCGCUCAGCUUCAGCUUACCAGCGAUGCUCGGCUCUGGUGGAAUGCCUAUUGGAGCAUGCGUCCAGGUGAGAAGGCGAGAUGUACGUGGGAUAUGCUUAAGGAGCUAGUCCGCGAGAAGUACUACCCCACUUAUUAUCGGGCAGAGAUGGAGCGUCAGUUCUUAUCGCUCCAGCAGGGUACUCGUACGGUUGAUGAGUACGAGAGAGAGUUUACUAGACUUGCAGCUUUCGUUCCGGACCUGGUUCGCACGGAGGCCCAAAGAGCACAGCGUUUCAUCGACGGGCUUUACCCAGCAGUCCAUCACAAUAUUGUAGGCCAUGGGACACAGACAUACGCUCGUGCAGUUUCUAUUGCUCAGGAGGUGGAUGCCAGUAUUAGGAGGGAGGCCGUCCGUGAUCGUGCCCAACCAUUUGCCCCAGUUAAGCCAUUCACAGCUCCACCAGCUUCACCAGCUGCUCAGCCGACGAAGGAGAAGAAGAGGAAGGGGAAGGGUGCUCAGACCGACAGGAGGACCCGACAGAGACAGCAGCAGGUUCCACCGUGCCCGACUUGCGGACGACUUCACCAUGGAGAGUGCCACAUGGGUCAGGACAUUUGCUACUACUGCCACGAGCCUGGACAUUUUGUGAGUCGCUGUCCGAAGAGACUUCAGCAGCAGCCUCAGCAGCCUCAGCAGCCGCCACAGCAGCAGCAGCCACUCUACACGGUUGAUCAGGCCGAGGCAGCACAGCAGCCAGGUACUAUGUCAGGGAUGGUUGUGCUUAAUGAUAUUCCUGUUUUCGCUUUGUUCAACACUGGAGCAACGCAUUCAUUCAUUUCACGACGAUGUCUUGAUGCCAUUGGAGUUCAUGCCGUUACCGCUGUCGAUCCUCUCGAGGUGAGUUUAGCCUCGAAACGAAAGAUAGUUACCUCAGCUAAAGCUUCAGAUCUUAGCCUUUCCAUUGGUGAUCGUUCAUUGUCUACCGACGCGUUUGUUCUCGAGAUGAGGGACUUUGACCUUAUUCUCGGAAUGGAUUGGCUAUCCUUUUAUCAUGCAGAUAUCAGAU